UUGGUACAGCUAGUCGCGCACCAGCUGCUCGCCUCCCCUGACCUGCAGCCUCUGGACCUCACUGCCGCGCCGACCCCCACUGGCCCGACUUGCUGCUGGUUGCCCUGAGGAGCCCACUGUCCCUCGCUCAAGAAGACCGCCUCCCUGCCCUUUGCCUCAUAAUGAGUCAGCUGAGGCUGCUGCCAUCCUGGCUUGGGGCACAGGCCUCGAGGCUCCUGGCCGCACAUGGCGUCCAAAGGUUCAGCUGGUACAGCAGGUCGUCUGGGCCACCGGCCACCUUCCCAAGCAGCAAAGUUGGAGGCGGCUCCAGUUACAUGGAGGAGAUGUACUUCGCCUGGUUGGAAAACCCCCAGAGUGUCCACAAGUCCUGGGACAGCUUCUUCCGGAAAGCCAGUGAGGAAGCCUCUUAUGGCCCGGCUCAGCCCCGGCCCCUUUCUGUUGUCCCUGAGAGCAGGCCGGCAGUGUUGAGCCGGACCAAGACCAGUAAGCUGGUGGAGGACCACCUGGCUGUGCAGUCUCUGAUCCGGGCCUACCAGAUCCGUGGCCACCAUGUGGCCCAACUGGACCCCCUGGGCAUUCUGGAUGCAGACCUGGACUCCUUUGUGCCCUCAGACUUAAUCACCACCAUUGAUAAAUUGGCCUUCUACGACCUGCGGGAGGCUGACCUGGAUAAGGAGUUCCAGCUGCCCACAACUACCUUUAUUGGAGGCUCUGAAAACACCCUUUCUCUGCGGGAGAUCAUUCGGCGCCUGGAGAACACAUACUGCCAGCACAUUGGUCUGGAGUUCAUGUUCAUCAAUGACGUGGAGCAGUGUCAGUGGAUCCGGCAGAAAUUCGAGACCCCUGGCGUGAUGCAGUUCUCCAGUGAGGAGAAGCGGACCCUGCUGGCCCGGCUGGUGCGCUCUAUGAGGUUUGAAGAUUUCCUGGCCCGGAAGUGGUCCUCGGAGAAGCGGUUUGGCCUGGAGGGCUGUGAGGUCAUGAUUCCUGCCCUCAAGACCAUCAUCGACAAAUCCAGCGAGAUGGGGAUCGAGAAUGUCAUCCUGGGGAUGCCACACAGGGGCAGGCUGAACGUGCUGGCCAACGUCAUCCGCAAGGACCUGGAGCAGAUCUUCUGCCAGUUUGACCCCAAGCUGGAGGCGGCGGAUGAGGGCUCCGGAGAUGUCAAAUAUCACCUCGGCAUGUACCAUGAGAGGAUCAACCGAGUCACAAACAGGAACAUCACUCUGUCGCUCGUGGCCAACCCCUCCCACCUGGAAGCUGUGGACCCCGUGGUGCAGGGGAAGACAAAGGCAGAGCAGUUCUACCGCGGGGACGCUCAGGGCAAGAAGGUCAUGUCCAUCCUGGUCCAUGGGGAUGCCGCCUUCGCUGGCCAGGGUGUGGUCUACGAGACCUUCCACCUGAGUGACCUGCCCUCUUACACCACCAACGGUACCGUGCACGUCGUCGUCAACAACCAGAUUGGCUUCACCACGGACCCCCGGAUGGCCCGCUCCUCACCAUACCCCACCGACGUGGCCCGUGUAGUCAACGCGCCCAUCUUCCACGUGAAUGCAGACGACCCAGAGGCCGUGAUGUAUGUGUGCAGUGUGGCGGCCGAGUGGAGGAACACCUUCAAUAAAGACGUCGUGGUGGACCUGGUCUGUUACCGCCGGCGUGGCCACAACGAGAUGGACGAGCCCAUGUUCACGCAGCCGCUCAUGUACAAGCAGAUCCACAGGCAGGUGCCUGUGCUGAAGAAGUAUGCAGACAAGCUCAUCGCCGAGGGCACAGUGACCCUGCAGGAAUUCGAGGAAGAAAUCGCCAAAUAUGACCGGAUCUGUGAGGAGGCGUUUGGCAGGUCCAAGGAUAAAAAGAUCCUGCAUAUAAAGCACUGGCUGGACUCCCCCUGGCCUGGCUUCUUCACUGUGGACGGGGAGCCCAAGAGCAUGACAUGCCCAGCCACGGGUAUUCCAGAGGACAUGCUGACCCACAUUGGUGAAGUGGCCAGCUCUGUGCCCCUGGAGGACUUUAAGAUCCACACGGGCCUCUCUCGUAUCCUGCGGGGCCGUGCGGACAUGACCAGGAAGAGGACAGUGGACUGGGCGCUGGCAGAGUACAUGGCCUUUGGCUCCCUGCUCAAGGAAGGCAUCCAUGUGCGGCUCAGUGGGCAGGACGUGGAGAGGGGCACAUUCAGUCACCGGCACCACGUUCUCCAUGACCAGGAAGUUGACCGGAGGACGUGUGUCCCCAUGAACCACCUCUGGCCUCACCAGGCCCCCUACACUGUGUGCAACAGCUCCCUCUCGGAGUACGGAGUUCUGGGCUUCGAGCUGGGCUACGCCAUGGCCAGCCCCAACGCCCUGGUCCUCUGGGAGGCGCAGUUUGGUGACUUCCACAACACGGCCCAGUGUAUCAUCGACCAGUUCAUCAGCACGGGCCAGGCCAAGUGGGUUCGGCACAAUGGCGUCGUGCUGCUGCUGCCCCACGGCAUGGAGGGCAUGGGCCCGGAGCACUCCUCAGCCAGGCCCGAGAGGUUCCUGCAGAUGAGCAAUGAUGACUCGGACGCCUACCCCGCGUUCACCCAGGACUUCGAGGUGAGACAGCUCUACGACUGCAACUGGAUAGUGGUCAACUGCUCCACGCCGGCCAGCUACUUCCACGUGCUGCGCCGCCAGAUCCUGCUGCCCUUCCGCAAGCCGCUGAUCAUCUUCACACCCAAAUCUCUGCUGAGGCACCCAGAAGCCAAGUCCAGCUUUGACCAAAUGGUUUCUGGGACCAGCUUCCAGCGGGUGAUUCCUGAGGAUGGGGCUGCGGCGCAGGCUCCCGGGCAGGUGCGGCGGCUCAUCUUCUGCACGGGAAAGGUGUACUAUGACCUGGUGAAGGAGCGGAGCAGCCAGGGCCUGGAUGAGCAAGUGGCCAUCACACGCCUGGAGCAGAUCUCUCCAUUCCCCUUCGACCUGAUCAAGCGAGAGGCAGAGAAGUACCCAGGUGCAGAGCUGGUGUGGUGCCAGGAGGAGCACAAGAACAUGGGCUACUACGACUACAUCAGCCCGCGCUUCAUGACCAUCCUGGGCCGAGCGCGGCCCAUAUGGUAUGUUGGCCGAGACCCAGCAGCUGCACCAGCCACAGGAAACAGGAACACUCACCUGGUGUCUCUGAAGAAGUUUCUGGAUACUGCCUUCAAUCUCCAGGCCUUUGAGGGCAAGACAUUUUAGAGCCUGCCUGGGUCUUGCUGUGGGGUUGUUGAGGCCACCGGGGACAUUAGGGACUGGCUGGCUCUUCUGCCCAGGAGAGGGACUGUCAGGGUCCCCAAGAUAAAACAUACCCAUGCAGUGAUUGAGGCCAAAGAGUAGGUACCGCUGGCUUCGGUAUUAUGCCACCUUGGGCCUUUGUGUUUAUUUCAGAAUCUCUUAGGGCUGAGAAAGCCAGAGGGGUCUGAUAGAUGGGCUGUAGUUGUAGAGUGUUUCUCCAGCUGCCCGGGUCUCUCUGGAGUGUUCGUGUGGCUUCUCCGUCUGUGUCAUUCCUGUCUCUGCAGACAGACAGCCACCCAGGAGCCCGUGUCUCUGGUCUCUGUCUCCCAGCCUGGUAGACUUGACUGCUGCUCACCCUGUCCUUGUUCGUCUGUGGAUUCAAGAACUGUUCUCUUUUGUGCUCUUAGAAAUAGAGAUCUUAGCAAUAACAACCAGGUGAAGCAAAACCAUGCCAGGUGAUUUAUAUGUGCUCUGUUUUAUGGGGUGUGUCAUAAUAAAAUAUGUCAGCUUCUGUGU